AUGGUUGCCAGGAUGGUUUCUACCAUGCUGUCUGGCCUAGUGUUUUGGCUGACAUUUGGAUGGACUGCAACAGCUGCUUAUAGCCCGAGAACCCCUGACCGGGUCUCAGAAACAGAUAUCCAGAGGCUGCUCCAUGGUGUGAUGGAGCAGCUGGGCAUUGCCAGGCCACGGGUAGAGUAUCCAGCUCACCAGGCCAUGAACCUUGUGGGCCCACAGAGCAUCGAAGGUGGAGCUCAUGAAGGUCUUCAGCACUUGGGUCCCUUUGGCAACAUCCCAAACAUUGUGGCAGAGUUGACCGGUGACAACAUUCCCAAGGACUUCAGUGAAGAUCAGGGCUACCCAGACCCUCCAAAUCCCUGUCCAGUUGGAAAAACAGUAGAUGAUGGAUGUCUAGAAAACACCCCUGACACAGCAGAGUUCAGUCGAGAAUUCCAGUUACACCAGCACCUUUUUGAUCCAGAACAUGACUACCCAGGCUUGGGCAAGUGGAACAAGCAGCUCCUUUAUGAGAAGAUGAAAGGAGGACAGAGACGCAAGCGGAGGAGUGUCAAUCCAUAUCUGCAAGGACAGAGACUGGACAAUGUUGUGGCAAAGAAGUCAGUCCCUCAUUUUUCAGGUGAGGAUAAGGACCCAGAGUAAAGCGAAGAUGUUGAGUGGAAACCCACACGACCUGACCCGUCAGACCUCCUUGGUGUUGCUUAUGUGCACUCGUUGUCAGAGCCCCUGUGAAUGGCAGCAUGUUUCUAAUUUAGACAAGUAUGGAUGAAAAGCAGCUGUAUUUUGAUAUCCUAUUGUCCUUCACACUGAUAGCUCUGCUUUCUGCUAAAUUAGGAUAAGAACUUUUUUCCUUUAGAUGUGGAGCUGCAAGGAGCAUUAAAAUUAAAACGUAUGUGUCAAUAACAAUAAAAAGCAAA